AUGGUUGCGAAACACAAACCCAACCUCUCCCAGAGCUCCAACUCGAGCUCGGAGAAUGAGUUCGGCACACGCGCCAGCUCCAAUGGUCAUGCGCAGGCUUCCAGCUCCCAACAGCCGCAGCAACAGCCGACAAUGAGUCGUUGGGAACGCUUGCGCCGACCCUCGGCAGCCAGCUCUACCAAGCGACCAAACUUCAACGAAGCCAACCGGAGCUACAGCAACCACAGCAGCACCGUCACCUCGCCCGUAACUUGCCACUUCCCUCUACCAAGUCCUCUCGGUGGUCCAUCAUAUGACAUGAUGCGCACAGCGAGCGAUGAGAGCUAUAUGCACAUCCUGGCAGCGUCCGCGGCAGCACGCAGGGCGGCUAUGGAGUCAGGUGCAGCAGUUGCAUCGGAUACAGCCUCAGUCAUAUCUUUCACCUGCUCGCUCAGCAAAGAAUUCGACCGUCAGAGGACGAACGUCGCCUCACUGAAUGCUUCACUUCCUGACCUGCCCAGCUCUGUUGGCGGCAUGAGCAAGGCCCAUCCCUACGGACAGUCACAAUCGCUGGAGAAGAAGCAAGCAUGGCUGGAUACGACGUUUAACAAACUCAGUGCCAAAUAUCGUGCACCCCAAAAGGGAGCAAACCAGAAGGGUGGAGCACCGACAAGAUCUGUCAAGCCGCAUUUCUUGGAUCUCAGCUCCAUCAUCUGUCCCACUCCAGCACCUGUAGAGCGCAGUGGCUCCACCGAGGACGAGAGUGAGACCGGCGACCGCUCUUCAUCGUCAUUGUCCUCAUUCAACUCAGGCCCAGACUCUUCGUUCGAAGCCAUGUCAGGUUGGGACAACUCUUCAGCGGACACCAGCCUCGAGCUGAGAACUCCGCAAAACGAGGAGGACCGCCAACUGGCUUGUAGCGCCUACGACUUCACCACUCCCCGUCCAUCGCAAAUGCAACGCUUUGCAUCAGCACAAAGCGCCGCCACCUCAAAUGAGUCAGGAAUGUGCCUUCCUUCCCCACCACUUAUCUCGCCACUGAUGCCCAACUUUGCGCUUCCCACUUCGACUGCAUCGACACCCAGUCUUGCACCUCCCUCUUUCGGUUCCGGAGGCUAUGGCUUCCCAAGCGCAGCUUCACCCAUGAUGCGCGGCAUUACACUUGAUGACAUCCACCACAAGCCUGCUAGUCUUGCCGUUCCUACACCGAAGAGCAGCAUCAACGGUGCUGACAUGGUCCCGCCUGCAGGCAUGCGUCAACUUCGAAAGCAGAAAUCCUUCGACAACCCUGCGGAGCUUCGUCGUCGACAGAAACAAGAAUGGAGUGUAGGUGGACCUAUGCCUCCUGGGUACGGAGGCAACGCAGGGUUGACGAUUGGUAUCCCGAAAGUACAGCAUUUCCAGCCAAGCUCGCAGCAACAGGGCAUGUUGAGCCCACAACAAGCAAUGAGUCGGCAACACGCAGUGCAUCCGUUGGAUCCUCGUCGAGAGCGUGCGCAGCAAAUGCGAUCUCCUCCAAGCAACCAUGCACCUCUCCCUCCUCAGGCGACGAUGCACAGUCGUGUAGCGGAGAUGCAAGUAGGAUCAGCUGCUAUGCAGCGUGGUGUCGGUCACGAUACCGCUUCUGCUGGAGCACGAUCCCAGCCACAGCGACCUGGAUUGGUACCGAGGACUUUGAGCGGUGCAUUGCGAAUGCUCAACAGCGCAGCUGCAACUGUGAGCGAUAUGGAUCCAGCCUCUUCCACCGGCUUCUCCACUUGUUCUCGGCAGCAAUACGGUGCGAGACAAGGGGCUGACUGUCGGAUGGGCAUGCACUCUUCCCUGCAAUCACCUGUUGGCGGACCAGUGCCUCUUCCACCUUUACUUGCCGCAUCCUCCCGCGAGUCAUAUGGUUCCUCAGUAGGAAGCGAAUCUCUCCCGCCCACUCCGCACUCAGCUACCUUCCUACGCGGACUUCCCCUCGUCUCUCAAGAAGGAGGAAACCAAGGUGCUAGCCCACCCCGAGAUCAUCGCAUGCCAUCCCAUCACCACGCAGCACCCAUGAUGCAUGGUUCCGCACUUGGCCUCAUGCCAAGCAAGAUGGUCCGCGCGUACUCGGACAAUGCUGCCACCUUGCCUCUCCUCGAUGAACCUCGUCUCCGGACAGGCUCACGUCUGCGCGGUGAAAGCAUUAGCUCCAACGAUGGAGGUGACGAAGGCGACACGCGACCUAACUACUCGAGCCAAACUACACCCCGCCAGAACAUCCGACCGGAGUUGCGUCGUGAACAUACCUCUAACGCUGUUCUUACUAGCCCGUCCAAGUCUCACAUGCUUGCUCCUAUAUCGUUAGAGGAGAGGCCAGGUUCAGCAGGAAGCGCAACCAUCACCCCUCGAUCUAGUAGCCUGAAGGACCUUGUUGCGAUUCAAUCGGGCCAAGAUGGUAGCGGCAAGGCGGGUGCCAGGGCUAGCAUGGGUUCUGAUUGUUCCGACUCGAGUUUGGCUUAUACAAAGCCUUGGCCUUUGAUGCCUCAGGACACCACCCCCAUGGGGCCAGUGGUGACGGGGAACAAUAUCACCCCGACCAACUCUUACGGCACUGAUCUAGUAGCAAUCACGGCUACUGGAAAUGGUGGACAAUCCAGCAAAUGCAUCCCGGACAACAGUCCCGCUGCCAAACCUAAGCGUCAGAGAGCAAACUCAAGAGCUGAUGAAUGGGCUGCUAACUUGCGCAAAUUCACGACGAGAGGUGGCGGUAAUGCUGCUGCUUUGCCUGUUGGCAAGUGA